AUGACGCGCCGGAUAGUGCGGACGGGCGUGCAGCUCAUUGCCCUCAUAUUGCUCGUCUCUACGUCUCUCUUCUUCCUCGACAACCGCUAUCGAGUCCUCCCGCAGUCGGUCCACAGCCAUAUGCCACUACACCACGACGGCCUCGUCAUCACCGAUAUCACCGUACAGACAUGCUCGAGUAUUAAUCCGCUGUCUAAGUGUAUGCUGGACCAGAAGAAGUGGCACCGCAUCGAGAAGGACCUGUAUCUCGGCAAGGGAUGGGUCACAAAGGCAUACGUGCACAUCAAGCGCAAGCGCGAAGAGGAGCUCAAGACUGAAGACAAGGUCAUUAUUGAUAUUCGUACAGGCAGGCUCGACCCCUCAAUAGCAGAGAAGACACAGGCGUCGGAGAAGUGGGAGCCUCGUCCCGCCGGCGUCUGGAUCAAGACAUCGCUCAAGCGUCACGCGAGCGACUCCAAGAAGGCGGUUACAGCGAUAGAUAUUCUAUUUGGUUCAGAUGCUGUCGAGCCACGACCUGGGUGGGAGCUGGUCAAAGGAGCGCUGCAUCUCGACAGCAGCGCCAAGGAUAGUACAGACCCCCGCCUGAGCUUACGACGUGGCCGCGCAGCCAAGAUUGAGAAGCCGGUACCUAAGAUCAGAAAGGAUGGGAAAUUCAAGAUUAUGCAGAUUUCCGACCUGCAUCUCAGCACUGGUCUCGGCCACUGCAGAGACGCGGAACCCAAAGGCGCAAACGGUGGACAUUGCGAUGCUGACCCCAGGACUCUGGAGUUUGUGGAGAGGCUUCUCGAUGACGAGAAGCCUGAUUUUGUAGUCUUGUCUGGUGAUCAGGUCAAUGGCGACACUGCGCCCGAUGUUCAGAGCGCCCUGUUCAAGAUUGUCGACCCCCUCGCAGAGCGCAAGAUACCAUACGCAGCCAUCUUCGGUAACCACGAUGACGAGGGUACCCUUUCUCGCCACGCGCAAAUGGACCUCUACGACUCUCUACCCUUCUCAGUCAGCGAGCCCGGCCCAAACACCAUCGAAGGAGUUGGCAACUACUUUGUUGAGAUUCAAGCCCACAGCAGCAAGCACUCUGCCCUGACGCUCUACUUCCUCGACACACACUCGUACUCACCGGAUGAAACCCACUACCGUGGCUACGACUGGCUUAAGCCAAACCAGAUCAACUGGUUCAAGACCACAGCCGAAGGCCUCAAAGAGGCGCACAGCCACUACACUCACAAACACCUCAACAUGGCCUUCAUCCACAUCCCCCUCCCCGAAUACGGCAACCCGGACAACGACCGCGUAGGCAACUGGACCGAACCCAUCACCGCCCCCGCCUUCAACACGCAUUUCAAAGACGCCCUCGUCGAAUACGACGUCAAAACCGUCUCGUGCGGCCACGACCACGUAAACGACUACUGUGCCCUCUCCAAGGACGAGAAGACGGGCGACCCAGAACUCUGGAUGUGCUAUGCCGGUGGCAGCGGCUUCGGUGGCUACGGCGGAUACAACCACUACCAUCGUCGUCUGCGCGUAUUUGAAAUCGAUACCAAUCAGGCACGUAUCGUUACGUGGAAGAGGCUGGAAUACGGCGAUGUGGGCAAGAGACUUGACCAGCAGAUCAUUGUGGAUUCGGGGAGAGUGCUGCCGAUCCAGUCACCACAGGAGUGA